CUCACUCAGUAACGAGGCCGGCAGACAGGUGUGUGAAGCCGAGCAGCUCAGGGCGACACGGACACACAAACACCAUGUUACCCCAGCCUAGAGGAGGAGGAGCCCCUUCAAGGUGUUUGUAACUCGCCGCAGGCGGACAGGGAGUGAGAAAUGCGGGCGUACAGCGUGAAGGCACCAAGCUGCUGUGUUUGUCUUCACUGUCAACAACAACAAGAGUCCUGCUGCAGCUCCGCUCACGGCUGGUGUCGGUUCAUUUAACGGCGCUGCACGGAGGAAAUCACUGGGACUAUGUGAGCAUCAUGCUCGCGGUGAGAUGCCUGCUGUUCGCUGCAGUGUACGCACGGUACGCCGAGACAGCUCUGAGGGAAUGGGGGAGUCCGGAGGGAAGGCUGCCGCCCGCGGAGGAGGUCGUUCAGCCCAAGCGACUCCUGCAGCAGAUCCACACUGAGGAGGAGCUCCUGCACAGCCGGCUGGACACCCGGGUCAAGAACCACCCAGCCGGUGAGCAGCCCAUCCAUUUGGCCCAGAGCAGCUUCUUGGUGAAAGCCUUUGGUACAGCCUUCAUACUCGACCUGGAGCUCAACCACAAUCUGCUGUCUACAGACUAUGUCGAGCGUCACUUUGAUGAAGACGGCAAGCUGUCACAGAAUAUGGGAGGGGAGCACUGCUUCUACCACGGGCGAAUACGAGGAGUGCCGGGGUCCUGGGCUGCUUUGUCAACCUGCCACGGCCUGCAGGGGAUGUUUUCUGACGGGAACUUCUCUUACGGGAUCGAACCUCUUGGCACUGGAGCGGAUCACAAUGACCACGUUGUGUUUCGAAUGCCUAACACUGACCUUUUUCCACCUCCCUGUCCAGGAUGCUCCAUGAACAGCACAGAGGCUAAGAUGCAGUCACGCAGGCAAAGCGAAGAAGAUGGCGAGCUAAGCAAUGAGCUCAACUGGUCUACCGAAGAAAAGCCGAUACUCACAGAAGGUCUUCGACGCUCAAGAAGACAAGUGAGGCGAGGCCAACGCACCGUCCAGACUGAGACCAAGUACAUCGAGCUGAUGGUGGUCAACGAUUAUGAACUGUUUGUGCAGUUACGCCGGUCGACCACACAGACGAAGAUUUUUUCUAAAUCGGUGGUGAACAUGGCAGAUUUGAUCUACAAGGAGCAGCUCAACACUCGCAUUGUCCUGGUAGCCAUGGAAACCUGGUCGUCUGAAAACAGGGUCGCUGUCGGCGAUGACCCGUUGCUCACCCUGCGUGACUUCAUGAAGUACAGGAAGGAGAGCAUCAAGGAGCGCGUUGAUGCUGUGCAUCUCUUCUCUGGGAGGACGUUCAUGAGCAGCCGCAGCGAGGCAGCCUACAUUGGGGGCAUCUGCUCGUUGACUCGGGGUGGAGGGAUCAAUGAGUUUGGCAGUGUGGGUCCUAUGGCCAUCACAUUGUCUCAGAGUCUUGGUCAGAAUAUCGGCAUGCUAAGGAACAAGGAGCGAACAGCUGCUGGUGACUGCAGGUGUCCAGAUCCGUGGCUGGGCUGUAUCAUGGAGGAUACAGGCUACUACCUGCCAAGGAAGUUCUCUCGCUGCAGCAUAGAUGAGUAUCUGCGUUUCCUCCAGCAGGGAGGAGGCAGCUGCCUCUUCAACAAGCCCACAAAGCUCCUAGACCCAUCAGAGUGUGGCAAUGGGUAUGUAGAGCUUGGAGAGGAAUGCGACUGUGGAUCACUGGUGGAGUGCGCCCUGAGUGGAGCCAACUGCUGCAAAAAGUGCACUCUUACCCAUAAUGCCAUGUGCAGCAAUGGGCUGUGCUGCAGGGACUGUAAGUAUGAGCUGAGAGGGGUGACGUGCCGCAGUGCUGUGAAUGACUGUGACAUUCCUGAGACCUGCACAGGAGACUCGAGCCAGUGUCCCCAUAAUGUCCACAAACUGGAUGGCUACACGUGUGAAGAUGGCCAAGGUCGCUGUUAUGGAGGUCGCUGCAAGACCAGAGAUAGCCAGUGCAAGACUCUGUGGGGCUUCAACUCAGCUGACAGAUUUUGCUAUGAAAAGCUGAACUCUGAGGGCACGGAGAGAGGAAACUGUGGCCCACACUCCAGUGGCCAGGGAUGGGUGCCGUGCAAUAAACAGGAUGUUCUGUGUGGUUUGCUGCUUUGCACCAAUCUGACAGACAGACCGAGAUUUGGCGAGCUGCAGGGAAAGGUCACCAGCCUGACCAUCCACCAUCAGAGCAGAUACUUGGACUGCAGGGGUGGUCACGCAGUGCUGGAUGAUGGCUUGGAUCUGGGCUAUGUGGAAGAUGGGACACCAUGUGGGCCGAACAUGAUGUGUUUGGAGCGUCGCUGCCUCCCCGUUACCACCUUCAACCUCAGCACCUGCCCUGGAUCCUCAUCCUUGCGUAUCUGCUCCCACCACGGGACGUGCAGUAACGAGGUGAAGUGUAUCUGUGAUCCAGACUACACCGGGAAGGACUGCAGCGUGUUUGACCCGAUCCCAACCCCCACCUCGCCAGAUGGCCCAGAGAAGUACAAAGGUCCCAGUGGUACCAAUAUCAUCAUAGGCUCGGUUGCUGGGGCUAUUCUGCUGGCGGCGAUAAUCCUGGGGGGAACUGGUUGGGGAUUUAAAAAUAUCCGGAAAGGAAGAUCUAAGGGAGUUUGAGUCAUAUCUCUCUGCUGUCCUAUCUUCCUUACACUGUGUGCUGUCCAUUCUGAGGAGACAAAACAAAGAUGUCUUCCAUUACUGGUCCUCAGAUUUUUCCUGUUUCCUAUGUUGGUACUCAAGCCACCUGGAAAAAUAAAUCAGAAGUAUGGAAGCUCUGAGGGCACUCCUACAGACCAUAAAGUCUGGCUGUAGCUGUCUGAGUCACUUUUGCUGCCGUCACCUCCUCCUGUUUCAUUUUGCCACAUCUUUGUUUCUUUUUGUCUGGGACACACACAGAAGCUUUUUUUUUUUUCUUCGCUUCGACAGGUCACAGCAGAUCCUCUGCUGUACUGACUGUUAAAAAGCUUCACCCCUUUAAAUGAUUUCACAGAAGGUAGGCCAUGCACCUCGCUCAGUCUUGACUUGUUUAAUGAAGCCUUGUAUUAGAGAACAGUUACAUAUUUAACCUCGUGGAGAGCACAACCACCUCCUCUCAGAAGUGUGACUUUAGCUGUAAUAGAAGUGUAAAAAUAUCAGGCUGCUGACAUUUUGUCUGUCCAGAUGAGGGUUUUGUUUUGUAGACCUUUACAUUCCAGAGUAAUAGCCAUAAUUUCUCCCCUUAUGCUUCCUUUCCUAAUCCUAAAUCGAUGCUUCUACAUAAUAAUUGCUAAUGUAUGAACGUGUAGCUCCAACCUGCGAGGGAUGGUGUUGGAUGGCCAGCUGCACACGUAUGCACCCAAUGUUUCAUCCCGCUGUAUGAUCCUGUAAUCCGCAUACAAACUAUACUGUAUGCAUACAUGUAUGCUGAACAUGGGUGCUGUUUGUAUAUAAUGUACCGACCCCUUUAGACAGCAGUGACUCACUGCCGCUCUGAAUGGAAGCACAAGCCUGAAGAGAGAAGACUCUUACCGCCUGAAACUGCUUGUUUUGGAUGAUUUAAUCAGCGAGAAGAGAUGCAAAUCUUUGCAUCUUAGGGGAAAUCUGGGAGAAAGCUUCUCUGAAUGCUCAGAAAUGUCACUGGCUCUCACUCAGGCUACGGCCGUGUGUUUUAUACAUGCCAGUAUUAGAUUUUCACACUGAAAAAUGAUAACGAGACAACACAGAUUUCUCGCAGGAUCUCCCUCAAGUCCAGAAAUGUAUAUGAAUUAUUAAUUUGGUUUCUGAGGGUUAGCUGAUUAUGCUUUAUCUCUAAAUGGUUACAGGUUAUAUACUUCUGACUGAACAGAUCCACAUAAUGAGCAGUAUAUAAGUGCAUUUAAAAAAAAAACUGAGUAUCAGAAAUUUGACUUGCCAGUGUUUUUAAAAAUGCAGCUUUUAUGUGCAUCGCAUUCUCCAUUUAUCCUCUCUGGACAUCAGAGCGUGUCGAUCAGGUUUAGAGGCUUAUACUCCUGUGAUUGUCACACGAAGCUGUAUUUUAUCAAUAAUAGCAUUAAGAGUUGUUGGCACAGGUGCCAGAAGAAAUUAUCCGAGUUACACUGCCAGCCAACCUACAGGAGCGUUAAAGGAGCGUUGAUACGUUGAGUUGAAGUCCAUCACACAAGGAUCUGUAGUGAAGGUUCCUGCCUCCUGAAAAUAACUUUAAUAAAUUGUUUUUGUAGACAAGAAAAAGACUUUUAACAGUAUGUAACGUCACAUGUGCUCAAUCUUUGUCACAACAGGCUUCAUUUAAAGGGUUAACAUAUCUGUUUAAUUACAGUUGGACUCUUUCACCCGUAAACACUGUAGAAACAUGAAAAAAAUCUCUAGGACAUGUCUGUCCUUGAGUGUGCUGGAAGCUCAGGUCACACCAUGUUUACUGUAGCUGUGAUCGCACGCUGUAGUUUGACUUAUUAAAAGGACUUUGGCACUACUCACUAUUAAAAGCCAACAUUGUCUAGUUUUAGGUAACCUGGCUUUCAGUGUAAAUACUCGUAUUACUGUAUAUUAAAAUCCAUAAUAAAACCUACCUGAACUCGAGUGACUCUGUUAUCCACUGCAUGAGUGUCUGCUGCUAUGAAUCCAGAUAUAAUUAAACUUUUUGGUUUGUGAUUGUUUGUGUUACCUUAAUGGCAGAUUAAGUUUACAGCUAAACAAUUUUAAUACAAUGUUACUGACUUGCUUAAUAUACUGUAUUAUACUGUACUGAAUCUGGCUUGAAAGUAUUUGAUAAUUUGUAAAUAUUUGGUUGACGAUCUGUGCAACGCUGACUAACUUGCUACU